CAGCCAGAAUAACAUAUGAUGUCACCAGCAGCCAAUCAGAGCUCCUCACCAGUAUAUGCAGAUUCUUUCAUUCUACUAGGAUGAUGAGAUUCCCAACCAACACCAUCCUUUUCAGAUAAGGCCACUGAGGCUGAGAGAGGAGCUGAAACCCACCCAGGGUCACCACACACAGAUAGCAAGGCUGGGACCAGAAACCAGGACUUCUGACUGCAGCCCAGUAUUCAUUCUUUCCACAGCUCACAGGGCUGUCAAAGACCCCGGGACCUGGGCAGAGGCUUCUCCUCCCUGGAGAGUCAAGGCACUCCAGGGAGGAGUCAGAGCACUCCAGGGAGGAGUUGAGGCUCAGCACAGCCCCCCAGCUCCCUCAGGGGUCAGAAUACUGGUGGAGCAGAUCCCUCAACCUCUAAGAUUUUAAGGCCAUGGUAGAGGGAGUGUUGCCCAAAGUUCCAGUCCUGAUCUCAGCCCAAUGCCCCCCAAGAAGAAAUUAGAGGGGCCCUGGCCAGGCUGUGCUGGCCAUUGCUUCUGAGCAGAUUAUAAGGAGGGACCAAGACAAAGGCUCCUUUGUGAAGGCUUUGGCUUAGGGAGUCAAGUGACAGCUCAGCCCUCACGUGGGCAGUGCCAGCCUCUAAGUGUGGGCAGGGGCACUGGCCACAGAGUCCCAGGGAGUCCCACCAGCCAAGUGGCCAGACCUGUGGAAUCACUGGAUCAGCCUGGAACCCACCUGACCCAAGCCAGCUGCUGCAGCCCAGUGCCUGGCCAUGACCAUCACCUACACAAGCCAAGUGGCUAAUGCCCGCUUAGGCUCGUUCUCCCGCCUGCUGCUGUGCUGGCGGGGCAGCAUCUACAAGCUGCUGUAUGGAGAGUUCUUCAUCUUCCUGCUCUGCUACUACAUCAUCCGCUUCAUUUAUAGGCUGGCCCUCACCGAGGAGCAGCAGCUGAUGUUUGAGAAGCUUACUCUGUAUUGCGACAGCUACAUCCAGCUCAUCCCCAUUUCCUUCGUGCUGGGCUUCUACGUGACGCUGGUCGUGACCCGCUGGUGGAACCAGUAUGAGAACCUGCCGUGGCCAGACCGCCUCAUGAGCCUGGUGUCGGGCUUCGUCGAAGGCAAGGACGAGCAGGGCCGGCUGCUGCGGCGCACUCUCAUCCGCUACGCCAACCUGGGCAACGUGCUCAUCCUGCGCAGCGUCAGCACCGCGGUCUACAAGCGCUUCCCCAGCGCACAGCACCUGGUGCAAGCAGGCUUUAUGACCCCAGCAGAACACAAGCAGUUGGAGAAACUGAGCUUACCACACAACAUGUUCUGGGUGCCCUGGGUGUGGUUUGCCAACCUGUCAAUGAAGGCGUGGCUUGGAGGUCGAAUCCGAGACCCUAUCCUGCUCCAGAGCCUGCUGAACGAGAUGAACACCUUGCGCACUCAGUGUGGACACCUGUAUGCCUACGACUGGAUUAGUAUCCCACUGGUGUAUACACAGGUGGUGACCGUGGCGGUGUACAGCUUCUUCCUGACUUGUCUAGUUGGGCGACAGUUUCUGAACCCGGCCAAGGCCUACCCCGGCCAUGAGCUGGACCUCGUGGUGCCUGUCUUCACAUUCCUGCAGUUCUUCUUCUAUGUUGGCUGGCUGAAGGUGGCAGAGCAGCUCAUCAACCCCUUCGGAGAGGAUGAUGAUGAUUUUGAGACCAACUGGAUUGUUGACAGGAAUUUGCAGGUGUCCCUGUUUGCUGUGGAUGAGAUGCACCAGGACCUGCCUCGGAUGGAGCCGGACAUGUACUGGAAUGAGCCCGAGCCCCAGCCUCCCUACACGGCUGCUUCUGCCCAGUUCCGCCGAACCUCGUUUAUGGGCUCCACCUUCAACAUCAGCCUGAGCAAAGAGGAGAUGGAGUUCCAGCCCAAUCAGGAGGACGAAGAGGAUGCUCAUGCUGGCAUCAUUGGUCGCUUCCUAGGGCUGCAGUCCCAUGAUCACCAUCCUCCCAGGACAAACUCAAGGACCAAACUACUGUGGCCCAAGAGGGAAUCCCUUCUCCAUGAGGGCCUGCCCAAAAACCACAAGGCGGCCAAACAGAACCUUAGGGGCCAGGAAGACAAUAAGGCCUGGAAGCUUAAGGCUGUGGACGCCUUCAAGUCUGCUCCACUGUAUCAGAGGCCAGGCUACUACAGUGCUCCACAGACACCCCUCAGCCUCACGCCCAUGUUCUUCCCCCCUGAACCAUCAGCGCCGUCCAAGCUUCACAGUGUCACAGGCAUAGACACCAAAGACAAAAGCUUAAAGACUGUGAGUUCUGGGGCCAAGAAAAGUUUUGAAUUGCUCUCAGAGAGCGAUGGGGCCUUGAUGGAGCACCCAGAAGUCUCUCCUGUGAGGAAGAGAACUGUGGAGUUUAACCUGACAGAUAUGCCAGAGAUCCCCGAAAAUCAUCUCAAAGAACCUUUAGAACAAUCAACAAGCAACAUACACACUACACUCAGAGAUCACGUGGAUCCUUACUGGGCCUUGGAAAACAGGGAUGAAGCACAUUCCUAACCUGCCUUUUAAGGGGGAUGCUUCGCCAGCCAGGUCCUCUCCUGCACGUACCAGCACACUGAUCCAGUCACAGCCAAACAGCUGUCCACGAUGGAGUAUAUCCCAUGACAGCCUGAAUCAAAUGGUUAGCCUAACAGAUAAAAAUCAGUAGUCUAGGACUGGUUCAGCCUUUAAUUCCUUUUAUUCAUAAAAAUUGUGAAAGCUAGGCUGAACCACUGGAAACAUUUAACUCAAGACACUGGAUUCAGUGGAAAACCCUUAAUCCUGUCUGAACCCAAGACAGCCACACCUUAGUAUACUGCCCAAGCUAAGGAGUUUAAUACAAACAUUCUCCAGUUUCUUUUUGAUCA